GCACUACAGCACCUAAACAGAGACCAGACAUUUUAACACCAGAAACCUGGCUUCUUUCAAGUUACCCUCUGGAUGAAAAAUCCAAUAGAUGGAGCAUCUCUAAGGUGCUUCUUAUUUAUUUUUAUUGCAUUUUUAAAAAACAAGAAAGUAAGUUUUUUUUUCUUUCUGAAACUUAACGACAGGGGAGAAGGGGGUAGGGGGGAUUUGGGAGCUGACCAGCCCGGGCUGAAAGAAGAUUUGGAGUUGGCUAAUGCAAGAGGGAGAAGAGGGAUUUAGGAGCUUUCCAGGGGGAUAUUGCAUCAAAUUACCCAAGAAGAAGGUUUGAAAUUGACCUGCCUAACAGGAGAGGAGAUUUGCCAUCAGUUAGUUGAGGACUUGUCUGAAACCGAGAGAGAGAGAGAGAGAGAGAGAGAGAGAGUACUCACUCAGGGGUGGGGAAAGCAACAGGGGAAAUGCCCAGCUCCAGGAUCUGGGGGUGAGGAAAUGGAACCGCUCCAGCUCAGCUCGCUAGAGGGAUUCAUUUUAAACACGCCACUUUGAAAAAGAAGUUUGCUGGUUCCACGGUUGUCUCCAGCCCCAGCAGCUCUCUUCCCCCCUUGCCAGCCUCCCGCCGCCUCCCGCCCAGCUCUCCCAGCAAUGGAGCCGGAUUGGGAAAGGAACAGCACUCCCUGCAGCGACCCUGGGGACGUCCUGACCCAGGUGGGGGAUCUCAACUGGACUCUCUUCCACACCCGGGAUGAGGAGCUAGCCCGGGCCGAGAUUGGGGUGCUGGCCACCAUCCUGGCAGUUGCCGCCGUGGGCAACCUGGGGGUGCUGCUGGCCAUGUACCGGCUGAGGAAGAAGAUGAGCAGGAUGCACCUCUUCAUCCUGCACUUGGGGCUGACCGACCUGGGGGUGGCGCUUUUCCAGGUGCUGCCCCAGAUGAUCUGGGAGGUGACCUACCGCUUCCUGGGGCCCGACCUGCUCUGCAGGGCCGUCAAGUACCUGCAGGUGCUAAGCAUGUUCGCCUCCACCUACAUGCUCAUCAUGAUGACUCUGGACCGCUACAUGGCCGUGUGCCAUCCGCUGCGCACUCUGCAACAGCCAGGCAGGCAGGCCUACCUGAUGAUCGGGGCCACCUGGGUGUUCAGUGGCCUGCUCAGCCUGCCCCAGGUCUUCAUCUUCUCAUUGCAGGAGGUGCACCAGGGCUCCGGGGUGCUGGACUGCUGGGCUGACUUCAGAUACCCCUGGGGCGCCAGGGCGUACAUCACCUGGACCACGUUGUGUGUCUUCGUCCUGCCCGUGGUCAUCCUCACCAUCUGCUACAGCCUCAUCUGCCACGAGAUCUGCAAGAACCUCCGGGGCAAGACGCAGAGCGGAGCAGAGAUGGGAGCGGGGUGCCCCUGCAGCCAGGCCUCCCGGGUGAGCAGCGUGCGCACCAUCUCCAGGGCCAAGAUCCGCACGGUGAAGAUGACCUUUGUCAUCGUGCUGGCCUAUGUCGCCUGCUGGGCGCCCUUCUUCAGCGUGCAGAUGUGGUCGGUGUGGGACGAGAACGCCCCCGAUGACGAGUCCACCAACGUGGCAUUCACCAUCACCAUGCUGCUGGCCAGCCUCAGCAGCUGCUGCAACCCCUGGAUUUACAUGUUCUUCAGUGGGCACCUCCUGCACGACAUCCUGUGGUACGUCUCCUGCUGCGGGAGCUUCCGGCCUGGCCUCAAGAGGCAAAACUCCAACGGGAGCCUCUGCAGCAGGAAAACCACCAUCCUGACUCAGAGCCACCAAACCGACACCCCUGGGAUCCAGCUGCAGCAGGGGGACUUGAAAGAUUUCUACCAGUCCUACGAGGACACGGUGACGGAGUCAGGUGUGCUCUAGAACCGCGGCUCGCGCCAGCCGCCAUUGCAGGAUGCACACCUCUGUGCCGUCAGGCGAUCCGCGCUGCUUGCCUGUCACUCAGAACUUUGAAUGGACGUGGGACUAGAGGACACACAUGAUGCCUCCUGGGUGGGGUGGAGGACCGGGGAAGGGCAGUCUCUGUGCAUCAGGCAGAAUUUUAUUCUGCAGGAACCUGUGUGUUUAACCCGGCAAGCACCACAGUGUCUCUCUUGUCCUUAUGUGCUUUGCUACUGUGCAGAAGCAGCAUCUCUUUCACUCUCUUUCCCAUGCACAAAGGAAAUCAGGUCUGGUCCCCCUUCCACCUGCCCUUGAAACACCAGGAGAAGCAGUCUAGUGAAAAGAUAUGGUCAGUGUGCCUCUGAAAUAACAGGGCUCCCCCUCCCCACCUUCACGGCUGUUCUCCCUAGAAGUGGGUAUACCAACAAGCAUCACUGAAGCUUUUACAGGGCCUUACUGAAGCAAAGCUUCCAUUGAAGUCUUGGGGGCCUGAUUCUCACUGACACCGAUGUCUGGCAGGAGUCAGCCCACUGAUGUCAAUGGGGUUCCCCCCGCGGACAGUGAGAGGCGAAUUAGGCCUAUAGACUACCAUGGACGCUUUGUCUGAGUAAAGCAGCAUUUGGUGCACUGCUCUGAAGGGUCCCUGACACAGAGGUGUACAUUCGCAGAUCAGUGCAGGAACAUAUUACAAACCAGCCCCCUGCCCUGAGGGCAUGGCAGUCUGACGCUGGGAGGGGCCACAGUUCAGAUCCACGUGGGUGGGCCCAUAUGCCUGCUCAGAUCUGAGUGCAGGAUCAAUUCAAGGCAACAAGUCUAUUCUUGCGCCAUUCAAUUCAACAGCCAGACGCCCCUUUGCUAUAAUAGGAGCAGGAGCAGGCUCUCAGGGCCAAGCCCUGCUGUCAUUUACACUACUGUCAAUCCAGAGUAACUCGCCGGGUGUCCAUGGGAUGGUUCCACGUUUCUUUUAAAUAAGAUGUCAAAUAAAGUUGCUGUAAAGUGACCGGCGCUAUUAGCAAGAGGCAGCUCAGCUAAGCCUGCCUGAAAGUUCAUUAAAAAUAAUUACACAGCCUAUGGACAUGGUUCGCUCAGAGAGAAGAAAAUUCAGCUCCCCCAGGUCAAAAUGUACCUUUUACAAUGUGUUAGCCGCUCACUCUGUUAAUAGCUGUGUGCGACGCUGCCCUCUGCUGCAAUGCAGGUGUAAAGAGUUCCCUCUGCAGACUAACUCCCUUGAGGUCACUGGAGUUUUAUUAAUUAUUGUUAUUUAUAUUAUGGGAGCACCCAGGAACCCCAGCCAUGGACCAGGACCACUUUGUGCUAGGCGCUGUACAAACACAGAACAAGAAGACAGGCCCUGCCCCACAGCACUUUAUCUACUGCUGUAAAAACAUUGUAAGCGAGCAGGGAGUCAAGCGAAGCGUUUAGGAGCCUGAUUCACUGUUACUUUGCCCCUUGUGCAGCCAUUUACCCCCGUGUAAAGGGUGUGUAAAAUGCCAUCAGAUCAGAAUGGUGGCAUUUCACAGUGACACUGCACUGGUAUGAAUGACGGCACAAGAGGCAGGAUAAUAGAGAAUCAGGCCUGGUGAGUUCUCUCCCUGUGCACGCUCUUCUGGUGAGUUUGUUCUUUGUAUGUAAUUGAUGGCUGCAGAGUUUUAUCGCCUGGCACCUAAUUUGGCUGGAACCCUGGAUGUCUGUAUCAGGGGUCUGCAAAGCACAGGGGUGUAUGUGUGCCAUCUAUUGAUGGGUUGUUUUAGGGCAGAUCCCAUCGACAGCCCUCCUUGCUUUUUUUUUUUGUACCGUUCCACAAGCUCAAAGCAAAUGGCAGUUUUGCUGUGGUCAAGUAGCUGAUGCCCAGAUCUUAGGUAAUCUUCAUUAUCCCUUUAAAUUCUGUAAAUCCAUUUCUCCUGGUUUUUAGCAACAUUAGGCACCUUUCAGGGAUGGUGUAGAUAAUACUUAGUCCUGCCUUGAGUGCAGGGGACUGGAUUAG